UUUUUUCCGUUAGACUUUUUCUUCUUUUUUUUUUUCCAUUGUUCAUCUGUCAUCAUGUUUUCCUUCAGCUGCGUGUCCUCAGUGAACCUGUGGAGCUAUAUAUUAACUGUCCUGCUGGUUUAAUUUAAUGUUCAGUGUGACAGCUGUUUGGAAAAACUCUGAAAUUGACUUAAAUUGGGCGACCUGCGUGUGUGGCAUUAUGGUGACAGCGGAGCAGCGCCUCAGUAUUCAGGAGCUGUGAUAGACAACUAUCUCUACGACAACUGAUUCUUCAGAAAAUUGGUUUGUGUUUGUGGUAACCCAGCAGCAGUCCUGUAAGAUGUGGCUGUGGGCUUUGCUUCCUCUCAGUCUGGCUGUCUUUGGCACGGCAGGCAUUUGGACGGUGUUUGCUAUAGCUGUUAAAAAUGGAUCUGUCAAUCUAACAGAAGGUGUUCCGUAUAUCAGUAAAUGUGGCACUUACAACCCGCAGAGCUGCAUCUUUGCUCAGAUCUGCAGCAUCUGUUCGUUUUUAGUUCUGUGGAUCGUGGUGAUCCGCUUCCAGCAGGUUCGGGAUUACGGCAACCAUGGUAAGGCCAACAUUGCUGGCCUGGUUUUGGGCUUCGUCUCUUCAGUAGGAAUCUCUGUUAUUGGUAACUUUCAGCAAUCAGUCCUGAUGCAGGUGCAUUUACUGGGUGCAUUACUGGCUCUGUUCCUUGGUGUCAUCUACUUCUGGGUGCAGCUGUUUCUAACGUACCAGGCUGAGCCGUCUGAGGACCGCUGCUGGGUCGGACCUCUCAGGGCAACGUGCUGCACCCUUUGUACCAUUAUCUUCAUCCUAAUGACUGUUCUUCACAAGACAAACCAUCGGUCUGGAGCAGCAGUGUGCGAGUGGAUUCUGGUCAUGUUGUUUUUAUGCCUGUUUGGCCUGUUUGCAGCUGAGUUCAGACAUAUCGACUGUUAUCGCCUAACCGUCCAAAAACAAGCACUGAAAGAAAAACCAAGUACAGCACAAAUGCAAAUGGAUAUUUACCCCAACCACUGUACCAACAACCAUGUGCCGAAAUAGACUGGCUUUUAAAAGACAAUACAAAUCCACUUUGGGCGCAGCUGUAAUACAUGACAACACAUGGGGGCACCAUUCAGCC